AUGGCCGCCGCUGAAGCCCGUUUCUUCACCUUCCCCCGCAACAACGACACCAUCAAGUCGCAGACGAUGCCGCUCGUCACGCCCGGCUGGACGGCCUUGACCGGCCGCCACUGGGACCUGACACACUCUCCCAACGUGCCGCACUUCGACCAGGGCGUGCCCGCGCUGCCGGCCGGUGUGCCCGCCGACCACCCGCAGGCCCAGGAGUACUACGCCUACGUCGAGAAGUUGGCGCCCUUCUGGCCCAGCGCCCUCGCCGUCUUCCUGCUCACCGAGCUGAAGCAGAGUGUUGGCAAUGACGCGCAGUUUGCUCGCUUCAAGGCCAUCGUUGAGGAUGGAUUGAAGGCGGGUGACUUUGCUGCUACCAACUAA